AACUUGGGAGAUCCAUCCAUCCAUUUUGGAGUUGGAUUAGAGACCAGAGAAAAAAUGGAGGCACAACGCCUAGCAGAUGCGGGUGUUGGAAAAGACCCUCCAGUUACUCAGCCUUGGAACUGUGGAAAGAAUGCAACAAGUCCUGGGGAGAAGAGCCAAGAAGAGGAAGCCAGCAUUUCAGAGGUCCAAUGUUGUCACUUCAGCAAAGUCCAGUUCCAGGAAGAUAAGAGUCCCCGGGAUGUUUGCAGUAGGCUUCACCAGCUUUGCCGUCAAUGGCUGCAGCCGGAAAGACACACAAGGACUCAGAUACUGGACUUGGUGCUCCUGAAGCAGUUCCUUUCUCUCCUUCCCCCAGAGAUGGAGAAAUGGGUGUGGGAGUGUGGAGCAGAGACCACUUCUCAGGCGGUGGCCCUGGCCGAAGGCUUCCUCCUGGCCCAGGAGUCGGAAAAGAUGCAGAAAUCCUUGGAAGCUAUGACAGAGUAUCCCAAGGGGAGGCAAGAUUCAUUCAAACCUUCUCAAGAGCUGCUGUUGAGGGAGCACUUACGCAAAGAUGGAAGUCAGGACACCACACCAGAGAGUAGAAAACUGUCCCUGGAAUUUUUUGAAUCACCUCGUCUUUGUGGUGGAGCUGGAGGAUUGGCUGAACCGCUAUUUCAGGGUGGUGUGUCUUUUGAGGACGUGGCUGUGUAUUUCUCCAAGGAGGAGUGGUCUCAACUGGAUGCUGACCAAAAAGAGCUCUAUAGAGCAGUCAUGCUGGAGAAUUCCAGGAAUCUGGCUUCUCUGGGCUAUAAUGGGCAGAAGAAUAAGAAUUGUAAGGAGAAAUGCCAAGCGAUCCAUUUGAAAGAGGGGAAAGAGAAGCGAUAUCAAUGCAUGGAGUGUGGAAAGAUGUACACCCAAAGCAGUAGUCUCAAUUCCCAUAAGAGGAUCCACACAGGAGAGAAGCCAUAUCAGUGCACGGAAUGUGGAAAGACCUUUACUCGCACUAGUAGUCUCAAUUCGCAUAAGAGGAUCCACACAGGAGAGAAACCAUAUCAGUGCAUGGAAUGUGGAAAGACCUUUCCCUGUAGCAGUCGUCUUAAUUCCCAUAAGAAGAUCCACACAGGAGAGAAACCAUAUCAAUGUAUGGAGUGUGGAAAGACCUUUCCCUGUAGCAGAGAUCUUAAUUCUCAUAUGAGAAUUCAUACAGGAGAAAAACCAUAUCAAUGCAUGGAGUGUGGAAAGAGCUUUACUUUCAAUAGUGGUCUUAGUUACCAUAAGAGUAUCCACAAAGGAGAGAAACCAUAUCAGUGCAUGCAGUGUGGAAAGACCUUUCCCUGUAGCAGCCGUCUUAAUUGCCAUAUGAGGAUCCACACAGGAGAGAAGCCAUAUCAAUGCAUGCAGUGUGGAAAGACCUUUCCCU